ACGGCAAUCAGCAGCACAGGACAAAAGUUUGGAGCUGCGCUAUGUAGAUGAACACCCAGCGCAGAUCCAUUUUAGUUUGCGAUCAGAGUGAGUCUCUUUCAUUUCACUGUGUCUAAAAGUCAGACGGGCUGUAUUGAGGAGGGGGGGAAGCAUCAUAAGGAUACCUGACGGAGGCGCUUGAGCCAGGAAAGAAGUGCUGUGAGGAAGAAACACUGUGUCUCAAACUCUCAGACACGCACAAACAACACAGCCGCGCCCGGAUCACAGCCUAUACAGCUCAGCGGUACACCUGCUUUCCGGCUCUAGUAUGGCCAGUUCGAGUAAAGCCACUUUAAUCUUGCUCAUCUACGGAAUUCUAAUGCACUACAGCGUCUUCUGCACACCUAUAGGACUAAGUUACCCUAAGAUCAGACUUGAAAACGACGCGUUCGACGAGGAUGGCAAUUCUCUGUCCGACAUGGGUUUUGACAGCGAUCAGCUUUCUAUACGAAGCCCCUCAUCCCUAAGCGACGACUCGUACAGCCUUUACUACCCGCCAGAAAAAAGACCAGAAAGGCAUGCUGAGGAAGAAUUAGAUAGAGCCUUGAGGGAGAUCCUGGGUCAGUUAACAGCAAGACAUUAUCUGCAUUCUCUGAUGACUGUUCGUGCAGGUGAUGAAAACAGCAUGGAGGAAGAGUCAGAGCCCCUGUCCAAAAGACACUCAGAUGGGAUCUUCACCGACAGUUACAGCCGCUAUAGAAAGCAGAUGGCGGUGCAAAAAUACCUGGCAGCAGUUCUGGGUAGAAGGUACAGACAGAGAGUUAGGAACAAAGGACGCCGGCUCGCCUAUUUGUAGCUCCGCUGAGAGAAAGAACAAGAUAAAGAAAGAGUGAGUGAAAGAAAAAAGAAUGAGAGAAUGAAAGUAAGAAA